GGACGGUUGCAGCGCUGGGGUUUUACUUCCGGGUCUUCGGGGGUCGCGCGUCGGGCACAGAGCGUUCUGGGAAAUAAAAGUCGCUAUGGUCUGCGGAUGAUCGUGGGCGGCUGCUACGUGGGAUCCCGGGCGAAAAUAAAAGAUGACAACUGCAGCCAGACCCACUUUUGAACCCGCAAGAGGGGGAAGAGGAAAAGGAGAAGGUGAUUUGAGCCAACUGUCAAAACAGUAUUCAAGCAGAGACCUUCCCUCUCAUACAAAGAUAAAAUACAGACAAACUACUCAGGAUGCCCCUGAAGAGGUUCGUAACCGUGAUUUCAGGAGAGAGUUGGAAGAGAGAGAGAGAGCGGCUGCUAGGGAAAAAAACAGAGAUCGUCCAACCCGAGAACACACAACUUCAUCAGUGUCAAAGAAGCCCCGCUUAGAUCAGAUCCCUGCUGCCAACCUGGAUGCAGAUGAUCCUCUGACAGAUGAGGAAGAUGAAGAUUAUGAAGAGGAGAGUGAUGAUGAUGAUACUGCAGCUCUUCUUGCAGAACUGGAAAAAAUUAAAAAGGAAAGAGCUGAAGAACAGGCCAGGAAGGAACAAGAACAAAAAGCAGAGGAAGAGAGAAUUCGGAUGGAAAACAUUCUAAGUGGAAACCCUCUCCUUAAUCUCACUGGCCCAUCCCAGCCUCAGGCCAACUUCAAAGUUAAAAGAAGAUGGGAUGAUGAUGUUGUCUUCAAGAACUGUGCAAAAGGUGUAGAUGAUCAGAAGAAAGACAAAAGAUUUGUGAAUGAUACACUGCGAUCUGAAUUUCACAAAAAGUUCAUGGAGAAAUACAUUAAGUAGUGCAGUUUUAUGUGCUUAAUUAAAGAUGCAAAAUGUUAAGGAUCGGUUUGAUUUUCUUGUUCUUUUUUCUUUCCCAAUGUAUAAAUUAAGUUCCAAAAUGUGUCUUCUUUCUAUUAUAGCACCUCAUUUCAUAAUAAACUUGGGAACUGGUCUCACUGCUUUCCAGUUGCUGAAUGUUCCCAGUCAUACAUUUUCUUUUUAAUAUGGGGGAAAGGAAUCUGCUUGCAAUAAAUAUUUUUAACCUAAAACAAAAUAAACAAAAAAAAGUGACCUGAACUUUCUUGUAGUUUAUGGAUCUUAUAAAAUUAUGUUGUAUUUCUUUUCAAAAUAAAAGUUACUUUGUGUGUUA